AUGGCUUCCGACAAGACAGCAACAGCUGUAGCUUCGGGUGCAGAUCAUACUCAAACUACUCGACGACGUAAUGUACCAUCAUCCAAUGGUAGUCUUGUCGACACCUUGGAGAUAGAUGACAAGAAGACACAAGUCAAGAAGGGACGUAAAAACAUAGUACAGUUCCUUGACGAGUGGGAGUUCUUAAUUGCACCAUUGGUUUUUACAAUAUUCGCAUUCUUCACUAGAUUAUACAAGAUCGGCCUUUCACCCAUUGUUACUUGGGAUGAAGCCCAACUGAUCAUGUCGGCACAAUAUAGUUUUGGGAAAUUUGGAUCUCAUUACAUCAAACGAGAAUUCUACUUCGAUGUCCACCCUCCUCUCGGAAAGAUGCUGGUUGGCCUUUCCGGAUACCUUGCAGGUUACAAUGGCUCUUUCGAGUUCAAGUCCGGAGAGCAAUACCCUGAAGAUGUCAACUACACCUUUAUGCGUGCGUUUAAUGCCUUCUUCGGCGCCGUUACGAUCCCCUUGGCCUACUUCACUGCUCGCGAAUUGAACUUCAAGAGGCCAGCUGUAUGGUUCGUUACAUUGAUGGUUUUGUGCGAAAACUCCUAUACCACAAUUAGUCGCUUCAUUCUCCUGGAUUCUAUGCUCCUCUGCUUCACAUUUACCACAGUCCUCUGCUGGGCUAGAUUCCACAAUCUCCAAACGCAAAGUUGGACUGGUGAAUGGUUCGCUUGGCUCAUAUUGACUGGUAUAAGCAUUGGUUGUGUCUGCAGUGUAAAGAUGGUCGGUCUGUUCUGCACAGCUAUGGUUGGAAUUUAUACAAUCGAAGAUUUAUGGAGAAAAUUUGGCAACACCAAAAUACCAAAGGUCGAACUUGCGGCACAUCUUGGUAUCAGAGUAAUUGCUUUGAUUGUCAUCCCCGUACUCGUUUACAUGUUCUCCUUCGCUCUCCACUUCGCCAUUUUGGAAAACAGCGGACCCGGUGAUGCUCAAAUGAGCUCCUUAUUCCAAGCCAAUCUGAAAGGAACUGCAGUUGGAAAGGAUAGUCCACUUGAAAUCGCGUAUGGAUCUCGCGCCACGAUUAAGAAUAUGGGAUACGGCGGUGGUCUUCUUCACUCCCACGUUCAGACCUAUCCUGAAGGAUCCAACCAACAACAAAUUACUUGCUACCACCACAAAGAUGUCAACAACGAAUGGACGUUCUAUCCUAAUCGUUCUCAGCCAGAAUUUGACCCAGAGGCACCACUCAAAUAUGUUGCCGAUGGUGAUGUCAUGCGCCUGCUUCACACACAGACUGGCCGCAACCUUCACUCACACGAUGUAUCAGCACCCAUUACCAAGGCCGACAAGGAAGUCUCAUGUUACGGAAACACCACUGUUGGUGAUGACAAAGAUCACUGGACCAUGGAAGUUGUCAAGGAUGUUUCCUCAAACGACCGAAGCAAAAUUAGGACAUUGACUACUUCUUUCCGACUCAAGCACACAAGUUUAGGAUGCUACUUACGAGCUGGUAAUGUCAACCUGCCACAAUGGGGUUUCAAGCAAAUCGAAGUCACUUGCACCAAGGACAACAAUCCCAAGGACGUCUACACUCACUGGAACGUUGAAGCUCACUGGAACGAGAAAUUGCCUGCUGCUGAUGCUGGAGCUUAUAAAUCUCCCUUCAUUCAUGACUUCAUUCAUUUGAACGUUGCCAUGAUGACUUCGAAUAAUGCACUUGUGCCAGAUCCCGACAAGCAGGAUGAUCUAGCUUCUUACUUUUGGCAAUGGCCGAUUCUUAACGUCGGAUUAAGAAUGUGUGGAUGGGAUGACAAUAUUGUUAAAUACUUCCUUCUCGGAAAUCCUCUCGUAUACUGGGGUUCCACCGCCUCCCUUGGUGUUCUCGGUCUCCUCGUUCUCUGGUACCUCAUCAGAUGGCAACGCGGAUACGCCGAGCUCGAACAAAACGAGAUUGACCAAAUUCAUUACGCUGGGCUGUACCCUGUUCUCGGAUGGUUCCUCCAUUAUAUGCCAUUUGUCGCCAUGGCUCGUGUUACUUAUGUUCAUCAUUACUAUCCAGCACUCUAUUUCGCCAUCUUGACGUUUGGUUUCUGCACGGAUUGGAUACUGAGAAAUCAAGUUAAGACAUUGCAAUAUGCAAUGUAUGGUGUUUUAUAUGGCUUAACAAUUUCGCUUUAUAUUUUCUUCAUACCUAUUUCGUGGGGUAUGGAGGGGCCUAAUAAGGAGUACUCCAGGCUGAAGUGGUUUGAUAGCUGGAGAGUUACUGACUAG